UUAUCUGGAUAGAUUCAUUACUGGAAGACGAAGGACGGAUGUUAUCGCUGAUCUCUGGGCUUUUAAAAAAUACAUUUAUACAUUCAUAUGUGGCACCAAGAAUUAUUUAACUAUUCAAAGACACCCCAACAAUUUUCUAUUUUAUUACCUUUGCUUUGAUUGCUUACGCUAUGUGGUGCUGGCUCACAUUCACCAGUAUUUGGUACAAUACCAAUUUAUACCAAAAGAUGGCAGUAGUGGCGCAUGGGAGAGAGACUGACUUCCGAGCUUUAUGCAGAAGAAGCUGAUUUAAAGCGCGUAACGUAGCACGUAAGACUGAUGAGUCAGCAGCACAGUGAAGCCACUACUAAAGAAUAUGUUUUCUGUUUUCACAGGUGGGUUAUUUUUUAUUUAGUUUUUCUAAUUUUUAUAAUUUCAGUACCGUGCUUUGUUGACAUCAAUUCUAUUUUGAGAUAUUUCUGUAUAUUAGAAGUGAAUGUUUACUGCCGCUAGCCUAAAUGCUAACUACCGUUAGUGCGACCGUUAAUUUCUUGGGGCCAAAAGCUAGCAACAGUUAGCAUCUCAGUUGAAGAAGUUAGGCUGUUAUACGUUAUUUUCCCCGUGAUAUUGGAUUAGAGGACAGUUACAAAGUAUCUUGUAUCAUAGAUGUAUAACACAGGUCCAUUAUAUGUAUAAAAUUGAAGAUUUAUUUAUGUUAGUAAAGUAAUAUAUGUUCUCAAUUGUCUAUCUAUGGUGGUUAACAAGUCACUUUGUGUAUAAUAUACUGUACAAACAACAACUGCGUAAUUAUUAAAUUGCUAAUCUUAAUCUUUGCUCAUACAUAUGAUUAAAGCAUUUAGAUAUAAUGUCUGUUUUUCUUUUAGUAAUUUAAAAAACAUUUAAAUAAAUACAAAGAGAAAUCCAAAUAUCAAUAAACUGACUCAUAUAUUCAGCAAGCGAUUGAUUUGACAUAAGAGACUAGGAAAACAUCAAUUAGAUACUAAAGUUUUGUUGUAAAAAGGGUUCAAAGGGUUCUUUGUCAAACUGCAUUGAUUUCUCCUCCUCUCAAACAGAGUCACUCUGUCAACAGAUUUCCUGCUUCCCUCCCAGCCAGAGACAGUUUGUCAGCGAAUCCAGUGCUGACUCACCUUCAUUGCACAAACUCAUGACGUGUAGAGCAGAGAUCAGGGUGGACUCAUUUCUCUGAAAGUGAAACUUAAACCGUCUCUGAGAGGAAAAAUGGCGCAGAAAGGAGUCCAGCUGGACCGAGAGAAUUUCUCCUGUUCAGUUUGUCUGGAUAUACUGAAAGAUCCGGUGAUGAUUCCCUGCGGACACAGCUACUGCCUGAAGUGUAUCAAAAACGUCUGGGAUGAAAAGAACAAGAAAGGCGUCUACAGCUGUCCUCAGUGCAGGCAGACCUUCACACCAAGGCCUGUCCUGGUGAAAAACAUCAUGUUGGCAGGAUUAACUGAGCAGCUGACUGGACUCGGAGCUUCUCUUACUGAACAGAGUUAUGCUGGACCUGAAGAUGUGGCCUGUGAUAUUUGUACUGGGAGGAAACUAAAAGCUAUAAAGUCGUGUUUGAUGUGUUUGGUGUCUUAUUGUGAGAAACACCUGCAGCCUCAUUACGACGUGGCUCAGUUAAAGAAGCACCAGCUGGUGCAGCCCUCCAAGCAGCUCCAUGACAACAUCUGCUCCCAUCACGAUGAGGUGAUGAAGAUGUUCUGCCGCACCGACCAGCAGACCAUCUGUUACGUCUGCAUGGUGGAUGAACAUAAAGGUCACGACGUGGUUUCGGCUGCAGCAGAGAGGAAGGAGAAGCAGAAAGAUCUGGAGGUGAAGAGAGGAGAAAUCCAGCAGACAAUUCAAGAUGGAGAGAGAGACAUGAAGCUGCUUCAGCAGGAAGUGGACACCAUUAACGACUGUGCUAAUAAAGCAGUGGAGAACAAUGACGGUAUCUUCUCUGAGGUGAUGCGUCUCAUUCAGAAAAAAAGCUGUGAGGUGAAGCAGCAGAUCAGAUCCCAGCAGGAAUCUGAGGUGAGUCGAGUCAGAGAUCUUCAGGAGAAGCUGGAGCAGGAGAUCUCUGAGCUGAAGAGGAAAGAUGCUGAGCUGGAGCAGCUCUCACAUACAGAGGAUCGCAUCCAGUUUCUGCAGAAAUACCCCUCCCUGUCUGCUUUUAGUGAGACCAAACACUCAUCCAGCAUCGAUGUUCGUCCUCCUAGGUAUUUUGAAGAUGUGACAGCAGCCUUGUCAAAGCUGAGAGAUGAACUGCAGGACAUCCUGAAGGAGAAAUGGACAAACAUCUCAUUGAAAGUCACUGAGGUGGAUUUUCCACUGUCAGAACCAAGAACCAGAGAUGACUUCCUACAAUAUUCACAGGAAAUCACCUUGGAUCCAAACACAGCUCAGAUGAACCUCCUACUGUCUGAGGGGAACAGGAAGGUGACCCUUGUGAAACAAAGUCAGUUCUAUCCCGAUCACCCAGAGCGGUUGUCAGUUAAGUUCCAGAUCCUGAGUAAACAGAGUUUGUCUCAGCGAUGUUACUGGGAGGUGCAGUGGGGAGGACAAGGAGGACGAGGAAGUUAUGUGGCAGUCGCAUACAAGGAUGUCUAUAAAACAGACAGUGUGUUUGGACAAAAUGACAAAUCCUGGUCUUUAUUUUGUUGCCCAAACAAUCAUCAAUUUUGGUACAACAGCAUCCGAACUUCCAUCCCUGGUUCUGAGUUCUCCAGAGUUGGAGUUUACCUGGACCAACCAGCUGGUACUCUGUCGUUCUACAACGUCUCAGAGAACAUGACUCUUAUCCACAGAGUCCAGACCAGCUUCACUCAGCCGCUCUACGCUGGAAUACAACUCUGGUUCAGCAUAGGAGACACAGCCGAGAUCUGUAAACUGAAAUAAUUAUAACUGUAUAAGAAAUUAAUUUAAUGAAGUUCAUUGUUUUGUUUUUUAUUAUUAUUAUAAUUUUUUUUUUGCUCUUCCUUAGAUUGAUUUUUCUUUAAAUAUCUGCUCAUAAAGGUUAAAAUUUCUGUCUCUUGAGGUUUUGUGGAUCAGACACCAGUCAGCAACUGGUUACAAGGUAGCAACAAAUUCCCUUCAGGUUCCUGAAGUUUAAAAUACUUUUAAUGAGAUCCCAGAGAAAGAGCUGGAGGGAAUUUUCCCAGCCAAAAGGGGUAUAGUGUAGCACUUUGCUGCCCAUCCCCCACCUGUUGCUGCUCACUUUGACCAGCUGGACUGCUACAGUAGUCACUCAAAGACAAAUUUGGUUGUUUAGGAAAUAUUUUUCUGGUUGUGAAAAAUUGUGUGGAAACUAAAGCUAGCAAGCUGAGUAACAUCUUGCAGAAUGGUUAGUGUUUGAUUUUUGGUUUAUUUUAGUCCCAGUGUUAAUCUAGAAACAGCAGAACUUUAAAAAAUAAAGUACUAAGUUCUGCAUUUUUCUACAUUCUUCUUAGAAAAAGAUUUACAAAAUAACAUUGAGUUUCCAUGACAUAAAAAAGUUAGUUAUUAGAAGUUAAUAACAAAGUUUGUGUAAAUAACUGUUUAGAGAUUUGCAGCAAAUUUAAAGAUUCAAUCCAAUCGACUGUCCUGUUUCUACUUUCUCGUCCUGGAGGAAUGAAACUGCAGUGACAGGAUGCUAUCUCCUGGGAUUCCUUGGAUAAAACGCUUUUUACAAAUUUGAAUAAUAAACUGAUCUUUUGUUCAUUGUUUAAUAAGAAGGUUUGAACUGUAAUCCAUGCAGUUGACUCUGAAUUUGUCUUUGUGAAAUCGAUCGAAAUGACUGUAUAUUAUAUGUAUAAACUGGAAGUGACCCUACAUGACAUUUGUUGUCAAUUAUAUAAAUAAACUAACUUGAAACUGAA